AUGUGGUCCAUUUCCUUUGAAUUAUUACCCUUUUUUAUCUCCUUUUUUUUUUCUUUAUCUCCAUUUUACACUCCCAACCUUCUCCGUCACACCUCUUUUUCUGGGUGUCGUUUAAUUCGCUGUUCAAAGUGGAGAAGGUUUCACAUGGCAGCGACUAAGCCGACCCGACUCUAUCUAUCCGGAGAUCACCCUGGUAAAUAUCAGCCGUCGUACCUGAGUAAUGGAGAUGGGGCCAGCGAGGACAUGUACCAGCCAAAUGCUGCGGCCUCUGCUACCUACAUGAAGUUCCUUCAUCUCGUAGACACUCAGUUGUCUGACGAUGAACGGAGUGUCUCGCCGCCGCCACCUCCUUCCUCUUCUUCUUCAACUCAUCAAACGACAUCAACCGACAAUGCCCAAACAUCUGGUAAGAAGAUUGUGUCAAUCGGUUUCAUCCCCUCAUUACGACCAGGACGUCUUUUAACGCCCACCUCCUCUUUUUAUUCUCUCUCUCUCUCUCUCUCUCUCUCUCUCUCUCAAAAUAUCUGUUUAAUUUUACCUCUGAGUCCUCCUGCAUAUGAUGCUGUAUCUCCUGAAGGAGGAGAUACUCCUGUCUACCAAGAUCCUGCUGAACGUGCGCGGCAGGAGAGAGAAUGGCAAGAAGAGUUGGUCAAGGUUGAAGGUGAAAUUCUCACCCUUCGGCAAGUGCUCACAGCCAAAGUCCGUCAGGCUACAGAGUUAAAGAGGAAAUUGGGCAUCACACCAAUGCAAGAAUUUAAGCAAGACAUUCAAGCUGGUUUCCAACAGCUUCGAGAAUCUGGAACAAAUUCACAAACAUUCAAGAAUGUUGAAGAGAAAGUGGAAACUGCCUAUGCUAAUGUAAAGGCUCGAGUUAAAGGCAGCAAAUCUGACAACAGCAUUGAUGAAGCUUUCCAGGCAGCCAGUGCUCCGACCACUCCAAGGUCAGAAGAGAAUCCUCCCUUGCCUGAAGAGAAAUUUCCUUUUUCUUUAACUUUCUUACCUCCUACCUUUUCCUCUUUCUCUCCUUGUCCUCUAUUUACUUUUUCCUUUCACCUAGUUUCCUUUUUCUUUAACUUUCUUACCUCCUACCUUUUCCUCUUUCUCUCCUUGUCCUCUAUUUACUUUUUUCUUUCACCUAGUUUCCUUUUUCUUUAA